UGCAAUGCAAAUGGCAGUAGAUUUGCUGAUUGUGCUGCAACGGCAACUUUACUUCACGCAGCRCUGAGAUCCCGCCUUUUCUCCGCUUUCCAGUUCUUGCUCUGUUGAUUUACAGCUCACAAAUCCUGAGGAUCAUUUCAUUUACGCUUUCCGCUGCCCAAAAUCUACUUUUCACUCUCCACGGAUAUAACAAUGACUCAAUUCAUCUUUUUUUCAUGGAUUUCAUAACGUUGCUCAAUGAAAAUGGUGUUAAUGAAGAUGGGAGAACUCUAUCUUACGGCUCUAAUACUGGCUUGCUUUCAUUAUUUUGCGGUGUCUAAUUUUCAAGGUGAUGCACUCAUUGAAUUAAAAGAUGCACUGAUGGCACCAAGUAGCCAGCUCAGAGAUUGGAAUCAAAGUCACAUCAAUCCAUGCAUUUGGUCCUAUAUUAUAUGUAGAGAAGACAAAGUGAUUUCUAUAUCCUUGUCAACGAUGGGAUUUACUGGAACCUUGUCUCCGAGAAUUGUUGUCCUAAAAUCACUUUCAACCCUAAUUUUACGGGGAAAUAACAUAAGUGGAAAUAUACCAAAGGAAUUUGGAAACCUGACAAAUUUGGUCAGAUUGGAUUUGGAAAAUAACAGCCUAACUGGUCAAAUACCAUCGUCGCUGGGUAAUCUUAAGAAACUACAGUUCCUAACUCUUAGUCGAAACCAUAUUACCGGGACUGUUCCUGAGUCACUUUCAAGUCUUCCUAGCCUGAUGAGUCUGCUAAUUGAUUCGAAUGAUCUCAGUGGCCAAAUUCCGGAGCAGUUAUUUCAAGUUUCAAAAUUCAACUAUUCUGGAAACAAGUUGAAUUGUGGCAGAAAUUACUCUCAUCUCUGUGCUUCAGACAGUACAAACUCAGGUGCUUCAAAUAAGUCGAAGGUUGGCCUAAUAGCUGGACUUAUGGCUGGGUUAACAGUUGCUCUUCUUUUGGUCGGAUUAUUAUUUUUCUUGCACAAGUAUAGAUAUAAAGCCUACAGCGGUGAAGUCUUCGUGGAUGUUACAGGUGAAAUUGAUCGAAGAAUUGCAUUUGAUCAGCUGAAAAGAUUUGCAUGGAGGGAACUACAGCUAGCUACCGAAAACUUUAGUGAGAAAAAUGUUUUAGGACAAGGAGGCUUUGGAAAGGUUUACAAAGGGGUGCUUGCUGAUGGCACCAAAAUUGCAGUGAAACGUUCAACUAAUUAUGAAAGCGUUGGGGGAGAUGUUGCUUUUCUGCGUGAAGUUGAGAUGAUUAGUGUAGCUGUUCAUAGGAAUCUCUUGCGGCUGAUUGGCUUCUGUACAACUCAAACUGAACGCUUGUUGGUGUAUCCCUUUAUGCAGAAUUUGAGUGUUGCCCACCGUCUUCGAGAACUUAAGCCUGGGGAACCUAUUUUAGACUGGCCUACUCGAAAACGUGUGGCAUUGGGCACAGCUCAUGGUUUACGGUAUCUUCAUGAACAUUGCAAUCCAAAGAUUAUUCACCGAGAUGUUAAGGCUGCUAAUGUAUUGCUUGACGAAGAUUUUGAAGCAGUUGUUGGCGAUUUUGGCCUAGCAAAGUUGGUUGAUGUUAGAAAUACUAAUGUCACUACUCUAGUUCGGGGGACGGUUGGCCACAUAGCUCCAGAGUACUUAGCCACUGGAAAGUCAUCAGAAAUGACCGAUGUUUUUGGUUAUGGUAUCAUGCUUUUGGAACUUGUUACAGGGCAACGUGCAAUUGACUUCUUAUGCCUAGGAGACGAUGUUUUACUACUCGACCAUGUGAAGAAAAUGGAAAAGGAGAAGCGAAUCAAUACUAUCGUCGAUCGAAACCUGAAUGACUACAACAUUCAAGAGGUGGAGACGAUGAUCCAAGUUGCACUCCUGUGCACGCAGUCAUGUUCAAAUGACCGGCCAGCAAUGUCGCAUGUGAUUCGAAUGCUGGAAGGAGAGGGACUUGCAGAGAGGUGGGAAGAAUGGCAGCAUUCGGAGGGGACUCGCAGACAAGAAACUGAGAGACUGSAAAGAAGAUUUGAAUUGGGGGAGUACUCCAUUCAUAAACAGAAUGCUAUUCAGUUGUCUGGUGGAAGAUGAGGUAUCUAACUUAAAACUCUCUCCCUCUCUCUCUAUCAUCUCUCAAGCUAUGAGAAUAUAUGACGGUUGGGGUCCAGUUUGAUGAGGGCCCAUCCUUAGAGCAGUUUUAUACAGAGAGAUAGAGAGCGAGUUUGUAAAUUUCAGUGGCUUUUGCUUAUAUUUCUUGGCUGUUCUGUG